UCGAGCAGUCGAUGAGAGCCGGAUAGCGGAAGUGCACAGGCAGCCGGAAGUAGCUGGAAUCACAGUCGGCUUGAGCUACUGACAGGAUCCUGAGGUUCGAAGAGGAGGAGGCAGCCAUGGAAUUGGGCGAGCUGCUGUACAACAAGUCCGAAUACAUCGAGACGGCAUCUGGGAACAAAGUUAGUCGCCAGUCUGUUUUGUGUGGAAGCCAGAAUAUCGUUCUCAAUGGCAAGACCAUUGUAAUGAAUGACUGUAUCAUCCGAGGAGAUCUGGCAAAUGUAAGAGUUGGACGUCACUGUGUUGUAAAAAGUCGUAGUGUUAUAAGGCCACCAUUCAAGAAAUUCAGUAAAGGUGUUGCAUUCUUUCCUCUACAUAUUGGGGACCAUGUCUUUAUUGAGGAAGACUGUGUGGUCAACGCUGCUCAGAUUGGUUCUUAUGUUCACGUUGGGAAGAACUGUGUGAUUGGGCGCCGAUGUGUCUUGAAAGACUGCUGCAAAAUUCUUGACAAUACAGUAUUACCUCCAGAAACUGUGGUCCCACCAUUCACCGUCUUCUCAGGCUGCCCAGGACUCUUCUCAGGAGAGCUCCCAGAGUGCACGCAGGAGCUGAUGGUUGAUGUCACCAAGAGCUACUACCAGAAGUUUCUGCCCCUAACCCAAGUCUAAAGUCUCUGCUUUAUAUCUUGAAUUCCUUUGAACUCUAAGAUGAACUGGGAGAUAAAGUGAGCAGUCAGUAACUACAAGAGCCUCCGUGCUUUUGACCACUUCUACUCUCCUUGAUUUUUGUUUUUAAAAUUUAGAAUUUUUCAAUCCUCCAAGACUCAGAGCAUUUAGGAAUUUAAUAGGAAGGCUGGAGAGAUAGCUAUUACUAGGAGUACUGGCUGCUCUUUCAGAGGAUCCAGGUUCAGUUCUCAGCAUCCACAUGGCACCUUAUAACCAUCUGUAACUCCAGUUCCAGGUGAUCUGAUAGGCUUCUGGUCUCCCUAGCACCAGAUAUACAUGUGGUACAGACAUAAUAUGCAUCCAAAACAUCCCAUCACAUAAAAUACAUUUUUUUAAAGAAUAAUUUUAAUAAGAGAGCAUCUGUCUUUAUCUGCUGUGCUUACACCUAAUCUGUCAACAGUCACCGUACCAUUCAUUGUCUGAGGAGGGCAGAAAGGUCUUUUCCCAACACUCCAGCCCUUUGGUCCUGCAGAUGGCUGGAACCUGGCUGGCAUGGGCCUGCAGAGCAGUAGCAUCCUCUUAGCAUGGGGUCAUAUGCCCCAGGUGCUACUCACAGCCAUGUCCUACUCUCACUGCACACCACCCACUCAGAUGACAUUCAGCAAUCCUGCUGCUAACAUGGGACCAGUGGCCACAAUUUCUCCUACCUUGAGGGAAGUGUUUGUGAUUUCAGAGCCCAGGUUCCAAUUGGUUCUUAAAGUGUGGGGAAAAGAGAUGGGCUGUAGUCAUCCUAGCACCUGUGAAGUAGAGUCAGGAGUGAGCUCACAGUUGCCUGGUGUGCUACAUGAGACCCUGCUUCAAAACAAGAAAAACAAGUCAGUAAAAGAAAAGAAAAAAUGUGAAGAGCAGGUGGUAGCUGUUGUUCUUCCUUUCAGAGAGACCUUAGCUGUCCUAAAGUAGUAAAUAAAAGAUGUAAAACA